AUGUCGUAUGAAAUGUCAACAAAGCACGCAACCCGAGUAGGGGCCAGACCGUUCAAUCACAGUCAGUCCCAAGCUGCCGAAGAAGAGUACGACCGGCUACGGAAUCUUGCCCGCCAGGAAGCCUCCAAACGCGCCACUGCUUUCCAGCGGUCCCAAGAAGCGUAUGCAAACGGUGAUGGCGCGGCCGCGCAUGCGCUCUCGCAGGAGGGCAAGGAACACGGCGCCAAAAUGGAGAUGUACAACAAGCAGGCCGCCGAAUUCAUUUUCCGGGAAAACAACGCUGAUGGGCGAGUCGCCGCCGACACGAUUGAUCUUCACGGACUGUAUGUGGAAGAGGCAGAAGAGAUCCUGGAACAGAGAAUCCGAUAUGCUCAGAGUCAAGGCCAGACACAUCUCCACGUCGUGGUCGGGAAAGGCAACCACUCUCCCGACCAUAUCCAGAAACUGAAACCUCGGGUCGAACAAACCUGUCGGGACCUAGGCUUGCAAUACCACACUGAGGCGAACGAAGGCAGGAUAUACAUCAAGCUAGACGGCAGCCCUGUGGAGAUGCAACAUGUGAGCAACUGGCAAGGCUACCAGACAUAUCCAGAUUAUCAGCAACAACCUUGGCAUCCUCAACAAGCUCAACAAUCGCAACCUUACCCUGCUCAAGGGCAGGGGCAAUAUGACGGAGAGGAGAAGGUUAACCAAGGACUUCUGUCCCGACUCAUCAACAAACUCUUGCGCAUGUUGUGUGGUUGA